AUGGUACGAUUGCUGAUAAUCAUUCUUCUUACUUCUACACUAUCCUUCGGAGACAAAGAAUUGAAUUUAACUUCAUCUGAAAAGUCAGAUAACCGAACAUCUUCCGGCAAACAAAUCCACAUUCCGACGUCUUCAGAAGUAGAAGAGGAACUUCGAAUCGAAAAGAUUCUUGAGAAAUCAAAAGAGUUUGAUGAUGUUCAGACUACAACUGAUAUUCCGUAUCUUCCAUUAAUUCAAAGAUGCUCUAUUGAUGAUGACUGUUCAUCUGAAACUGCAUGUUUCGAUGGGAAGUGUCUAAAUGCGACUCGUUUUCAUUUGUUUCCUUACUUAUUCCGUCGAUGUCAAAGUCGUUUGGAUUGCCCAACUGGUCACAGAUGUAUUAUAAGUAUGUGUAUUCCAUUCAGAUGCAUGACUCACUUCUACAAAUCUGUUUUUCUGUAUCUUCUAUUUCUCCAAUUCGUUUUAAGUGCUUCCACCAGAGGACAAUGCCUUACUGAUCGAAAUUGUGACCAGAAUCACAAAUGCAUCAACAGACAUUGCUUCCAUCAACGAGAGUAUGUCUUCAAGUGCAUCAAUGAUUUGACUUGCCCAGAUUUUCAUUCCUGUCACAACGGUGUUUGCUUGAUGGAGAAAACAUCAUCGAAGAAUCUGAAAUUGAAGUCUAAAAGAAAUGUUCAGUUCGAGUUAGACAGAAAAUACUUGUAA